AUGAAAGAGUUUGAAGAUUACUUCUCCGUUCAGGUAUUUCUCAUUGUCCUAAGAGAAACUAUAGAGUCUGCGAUAAUCAUUUCGGUGUUACUCUCGUUUGUUCACCGAAAUUUUUUAAGCACAAGGAAAACCGCCACCAAUCGUAGAAUAGCUAGUGGAGAAGAGGAGACUCAAGCACUUUUUGUAUCAGUGCAACAGAGUGAACAAGUACAACUACCGGAGGAUGAAGAAGAGCAACAGAUAGUCAAGGAUGCAGCUGAAAUGAAUAGGUUAGCCAAGUACCUUAAAUUGCAAAUCUGGGUUGGAGGAUUACUCGGAUUAGUAUCGUGUUUAAUUAUCGGUGCAGGAAUCUUAUGGGUAUUCUAUCAUUUAGGUAGCGACCUCUGGACUAUCACUGAACACUAUUGGGAGGGAACGUUUUCCAUUUUGGCCAGUGUUAUCAUUUCGGUGAUGGGUAUUAAGCUCUUGAGAAUCAACAAGAUGCAAGCUAAAUGGAGAGCUAAGCUUCACAACGCCAUAAACAAUUCUAACUACCUCAAAUCUAAGAAAUCUAAUUUAUGGAGCGAAAAAUAUUUUAUGUUCAUCUUGCCAUUUAUAACUACAUUACGUGAAGGUAUGGAAGCAAUUGUAUUCAUCGGGGGUAUCGGCAUUAACGAAAAUACCUCAUUCACCGCAAUAAUAAAUUCUGUGAUUGUUGCUCUUGUAAUGGGAACUUUGAUAGGGGUGUUGCUUUAUCGUCUGGGUAAUUCUCUUUCCUUACAGUGGUUCCUUGUUUCGUCUUCCAUCUUAUUAUACUUGGUAGCUGCUGGACUUCUUUCAAAGGGUGUAUGGAAUUUUGAGUUGCAGAGAUUUAUCAAUUUAUGCGAUGGGUUUGACGUGAGUGAAACUGGACACGGUCCGGGAUCUUACGAUAUCCAAACCAGUGUUUGGCACGUUAACUGUUGCAAUGGAGAGUUACAAGACGACGGGGCAUUUUGGAUGUUGAUGACUGCAAUUUUAGGUUGGACCAAUAGUGCGACUAUUGGAAGUGUAAUUUCUUAUAAUUUGUAUUGGAUAGCAAUUAUUGCCACAUUCUACCUGCUUAUUUACGAAGAAAAAAACGGUAAGCUCCCCAUCCCAGAGUCAUGGCAACGGGCAAGAAUGCUGAAGAGAGCUACAUUAAGAACAUUGAUUAAUGAGGAAUCAUCAGAGGGAAACAUGCGUGCAGAUGAGCCGCGCGUAAGUAUGAAUUCACUUACACCUUUAGCAGUGGACUUUGAAUGA